AUGUGCCGGGGCUUGGCAACCAAACAAACACUUUCAGCUCCCACGUCUGAAGACUCACGUCCCGCGUUCCACAGCAGCAUCAUAUGUGCCACGUUCUACCCCAUUUAUUGGGUCACUCAAAUGGAAGAGAAACAUAUCGAAGAAUUGCUGAGACAACUGUCGGUAGAGCGGCGCCGAGCUGAAGAAGCACAGCGAAGAGCCGAAGCAGCAGAGCACCAGCAACAGCGAGAGCAGCAACGAGCCGAAGAAGAGCGACAACGAGCCGAAGAAGAGCAACAGCGCGCGGAAGAAGCACAGCAAAGAGCUGCAGAAGCCGAGCAACAGCGACAGACAACUACGCUGACCGAGUACAUUGGCGGUUGUCACAACUUUCUGUCUACGAAAUUCGCCGUGCAGCCAGACAAGAGCCUAACAUCAAAAGGCUCGAUCACCGACCCACGGUGCCAUGAUGAGUUUGGCAUCGGGAACGGCAUCGUUUUCGAAAAUCAUCCAAAUAUCGCAAGUGAUGUUGCCGAAGAGCCUCGAGAGCGGAUCAUGAGUCAAACGCCGUUGCCUCGACAAGACCGAACUUAUUCCAACUUCCAUCAAUUACGCGCGGACCAAAUCUGUGUGUACAAGUACGACGGAUAUCAGCCGGACCGGCGCAGAAUGACUUUUGUCGUUGAGUACAAAGCGCCUCACAAGCUCACCCUGCCACACCUUCGCCUUGGUUUGCGAGAGAUGGACGUCUACAAUGACGUGGUGAACAGGGCUACGAAGCCAGCCACAGGGGAUGUAGAGGCUCUAUUUCAAUACACCUCGGAUCGGUUAGCCGCAGCUGCUCUAGUGCAAACCUUUAACUACAUGAUUGAGGGUGGCCUUGAGUACAGUUACCUUACGACUGGAGAAGCGUUUGUUUUCCUGAAGAUUGACUGGGGCGACCCAGGUGCCCUCUACUACCACCUAGCUGAACCGAACCAGGAAACUCGGGCACAUCCAGAAACCUUCAGUCACUGUACUGCUGUGAGUCAGGUAUUGGCCUUCACUCUCCUAGCACUCGAGUCGCCAAUCCACGGACAAGAUGAGCGCCACAGAGCGAUGAAGCAGCUGCACACAUGGAAUGAUGACUACGAAAGUAUCCUCUGUGCUGUUCCACCAAGCGAGCGAAAACAGUCGCCACCACCAUCUGCAUACCAGCCAAGGACUUACAAACAUGUUGACCGAUCACAUGGAGGGCAAAUUAAUGGAUGGCAGUUGAUUUGUGACCUACUUGCAAGGCCGUAUGAUUAUAUACGCCUAGUAGAGCCACCGAGUGGAUCUUAUGUCACCUAUCCAGCGAACAUGAUUAGUUGGAGAUAUUUAAACUGGGUAACCGGCGGGAAAAUGUCUGAGGGACGAGGACAUCGCACCCUAAACCCACAGAGAGCCAAUGCUUAUGAAAAGGGUUCAUGA